AACCCACAAAGCUUAACUCUUUCUUCCUGUUCCUUAAUUAUCAUCAUCACUCUCAUUUCUCUCUCUAUUCCUCUCUCCUUUCUCUGCUCUUAUGAUCAUCUCUCUCUUAGCUGAUCCUUGUUGACUUAUUCAAUCAUCUUACUCACAUCCUUAACAACAACAACAAAAAAACCUUCGUCCCAAAUUCUCAAUCUUUACAAAAAUCUUGAAAUUAGAUUUUACAUAACAGAGAGAAAAAGGGCCAAAAAAACUUCUUUUUCCCUAGUUUAAAUCUCUCCUUUGGACCUCAAAAACUCAUUUCUCCAACUAAAAAACCCCAUUUUUGAGCUAGUUUCUAAUUAACAACAUGGCAAACCCAUGGUGGACAGGUCAAGUAGGUUUACAAGGAGUUGAAACGUCAUCCUCAGCUGGCUCACCCUCCCUCAAGAAACCAGAUCUAGGCGUAUCUAUGAACGACCAUAGCGGUGGUAGUGGCAGCCACGACGAAGAUAGAGACCACUCCGACGACCCUAAAGAGGGUGCAGUCGAAGUAGCCACUCGUCGACCCAGAGGUCGACCAGCUGGCUCAAAAAACAAGCCAAAACCCCCCAUUUUCGUGACAAGGGACAGCCCUAACGCGCUUAGAAGUCACGUGAUGGAAGUUGCAAAUGGAGCUGAUGUAGCUGAAAGUAUAGCACAGUUUGCUAGGAAGAGACAAAGAGGUGUUUGCGUGUUGAGUGCUACUGGAACUGUUACUAAUGUAACCCUAAGACAACCUUCUGCUCCUGGUGCUGUUAUGGCAUUACACGGACGUUUCGAGAUCUUAUCGUUGACUGGCGCCUUCCUCCCUGGACCUGCUCCUCCUGGAUCAACAGGUUUGACUAUUUACCUAGCAGGAGGACAAGGACAAGUUGUGGGAGGAAGUGUAGUAGGGUCUUUAGUAGCAUCAGGACCAGUUAUGGUGAUUGCAUCAACUUUUUCUAAUGCUACAUAUGAGAGGCUGCCGUUGGAGGAGGAGGAAGAAGGCGGUGGACAGGUGGCACAAGGACAACUUGGAGGUGGCGGUGGUGGAUCGCCGCCGGGAAUGGGCAGUGGUGGUGGUGGAGGGGGACAACAACAAGGUGGUGGUGGUAUGGGUGAUAUUCCAUCUUCAAAUAUGCCAGUAUAUAAUUUGCCACCAAACUUGCUACCAAAUGGUGGACAAUUGAACCAUGAAGCAUUUGCUUGGGCACAUGGACGCCCUCCUUUUUAAUUUAGAGUGAACAGAGAAUCUUAGGAAAUAGAGUUUGCUGACUUCAUGGAGAAAUGGUGCUUUUGAUGCAACUAGCAGUGACCAAAUAGAAGAAUGUGGAGAUAUAUAUACAUAGUCUCUCUCUCUUUCUCUAUUCUAGAUCUGAAUUUCGGGAUCUUAUGACAAAACCUGUCUUCUUUUUCAGUUUACACAAUAAAUGGCUCCCAUAGCUAUCUCUAUAUACUAUAAGAGAUCAUCCUAUUAUUCUGUUCCUUUUAUAUUACUACAUUUUCAUUCAUAUAUAGGAUUGACAUUAUCAUGUUUAAGGAUUGGAACACAAAAGAUGCAGGCCAAGUGAAAGAUGUAGGCCACAGCUUUUUCUAUACAACAAAUGGUACAUGCAUGUAGACACACUAUGUACAUUCAUGUAUCAUUUUUUUUUGUCAUCAGAGCGACAAAAGGUUGAAUCUCAAUGAAUUGUGGGUGGCAGCAAAGCUACUCCGUAUCUUUAAUGUAACUGAGCCUUUAAUAGUUACUAGACUAUUAUCUUUAAUUUAUCAUCCGGCAUUCGAAAUCCUAUGUACUGAUAGCUUGAGUAAUUUGCAUUUGCGU